CCUCCAAUUCCCCCCUUCUCUCAUGACCUGACAAAACCCAACUCCCACAACAGGACAAUUCCGUGGCCGGCCACCUCACAUGCUCCCAAAAACAAACACAAAUCCCAUCCCUCUGUAUCCCUAUUUCAUCUCCCUCUCUCUCUCUCUCUCUCUCUCUCUCUAAACUAAAAUAAAAAAGAAGGGAAGAUACCAAAAUCUGCAGCCAUGACAAGGCUACUACUUUUACUGCCACAUUUUAUACCCCUCUCCUCGUUGCUCUCUCUCUCUCUCUCCCCCUCCCCUUACAUGACUGAAAAAAGCUGAAAUGGUUAUGGGGUUUUCCUUGUGGUAUUUGACUUCCAACUUAGUUUUUGGGAUGUGGGUUUCUCCUCCUUGUUCAGUCCUUUUUUCAUAGGAAGAACUAAAAACCCCGAAAAAAGCCGAUAGGUCUAUUUCCUCUAUUCGGUUUCAGAAGUUUCCCAAAACAUACACCAUACACAAUUAAAACAGGUCGUUUCCCAAUGAUACCAGUGCUAGUCUAGUCUCUUUCCUCUCUCUCUCUCUCUCUCUCUCUCUCUCUCUCUCUCUCUCUCUCUCUCAUAUGAUGCAAUUCACUGAAACACCACCCCUUCCACAACUGCACCCAAAUGGAGGGGGUGGGCAGUGCUCAAAUGUCAGCAUGAACAAGAACCCGUUCUACCGAACCCGGCCGUGGCCCGGCUUCCCCACAUCAAAGGCGCUCGGCAGCUUCGGCGAUGCCAAUUGCAUGGAGCAGCUGCUUGUGCACUGCGCCAACGCGAUUGAGAGCAACGAUGCCACCUUAGCCCAGCAAAUCCUCUGGGUCCUCAACAACAUCGCUGUCCCAGACGGCGACUCCAACCAACGUCUCACCUGUGCCUUCCUCCGCGCUCUCAUCGCCCGUGCUGCCAAGACCGGUAGCUGCCAGAUCCUCACUGCCAUGGCUAGCUCCGAUACCGACCUCACUGUCCUCACUCACAACUUCUCCGUCAUUGAGCUUGCAAGCUUCGUUGACCUCACACCAUGGCACCGGUUCGGAUUCUCUGCAGCCAAUGCUGCCAUCAUCGAAGCUGUCGAAGGAUUCUCCAUCAUUCACAUCAUUGAUUUCAGCAGAACUCAUUGCAUGCAAAUCCCUACAUUGAUUGAUUCGCUCGCCAACCGGCCCGAAGGUCCACCAUUCAUCAGACUCACCGUCGCGGGGACAGACGAUCACAUCCCUCCAAUGCUCGAACUAUCAUAUGAACAAUUGGGUGCAAGACUGGUGAAUUUUGCAAGGUCUCGGAAUGUAGGGAUGGAAUUUAGAGUAAUUCCUUCGAGUUCAUUAGAUGGCUUUGCAUUCUUGAUAGAUCAGGUUCGGCAACAAAGACUAGUUUUUCCUGAUGGCAGUGAUGGAGCCGAAGCUCUUGUGAUAAAUUGCCAGAUGACCAUGCACUAUAUACCAGAAGAGACACUUGGUGCAAUUUCUAACUUGAACCCUACUCCCUAUUCAUUCAAUUCUUCUCCUUCGUCAUCCUUCCGUUCGAUGUUCCUCAAAGAUCUCCGAAGUCUAGACCCAACGAUCGUUAUUCUUGUAGAUGAAGAUGCAGAUUUCACUUCGAACAAUUUGGUUUGUCGGUUGAGAUCGGCUUUCAAUUUCCUUUGGAUUCCUUACGAUACUGUCGACACAUUCCUUCCUCGAGGGAGCAAGCAAAGACAAUGGUAUGAAGCCGACAUGUGCUGGAAGAUUGAGAAUGUGAUAGCAUAUGAAGGGAUGCAAAGGGUGGAAAGGCUCGAGCCCAAAAGCAGGUGGGUGCAGCGGAUGCGGGCUGCAAACUUUCGUGGGGUCCCAUUUGGGGAGGAGGCAGUUUCAGAGGUGAAGAGUAUGUUGGAUGAGCAUGCUGCUGGGUGGGGUUUGAAGAAGGAAGAAGAAGAUCUUGUGCUUACAUGGAAAGGACACAAUGUGGUGUUUGCUACUGCUUGGGUACCUGCUUGAAACUUGAAGUUGUUUUAUCUUUAGCUGCCUUUUUUCUCUUUUCUUCUUUUUCUUCUUCUUCUUCCAGUGUUCUUAAUUUGAAAGUAGAUGAGGGGUUUAAAAUUUGUGAUAUGUCUAGUGAGGGCAUUAAGUUAGGGUUGGGUAAGCUAUGGUUAAUUUCUUUUCAUAUAAUCUCUCUCUCUCUCUCUCUCUCUCUCUCUCUCUCUCUCUCUCUCUCUCUCUCUCUCUCUCUCUCUCUCUCUCGAAUUCUUUAUUAUGAUUAAAGGAUUCAGUCAGUUCUGAAGUUCAAAAAGGCAUUUACCCAUCUUCCUUACAUGUCUGAUCUGCAACUUCUACCUUUUUAUGUGCUUUAGCAUAGCUAUGUACUAAAAUGACAAGAGGCAUGCAUGCAUAUAUCCCUUUCCUCUCUCCAAAGCAUAGAUCUCCUACAUACUUAAUGAAAUACAUGAUUUAUGAC